AUGUUUACUCCGCCCCCCAGUCCUCUCCCAACACCGAAUGAUCCCCUUGCUACGGCCGGUUCAGCUCCAUUGGCUCCCAAACCGAAGCAUGGUCGAUUAUCUGCUCACCAGCGGUUCCUUGGCCUUGUCGUACCCGUGGUAGUUCUAGUUAUAAUUACUCUCACCUCGAGACAUGCAGUCACCGGACCGAUAGAUAUCGAUAUAGAGGCUCCAGCUCCUUACGUAGCCUCUCACUGGGCAAACCGAGUAGCCAGUCUGAAGCACCACAUUCCCAGGCAAUUGGUAUCUCUUGACCCUGCAGACGAACUCCGCCGGACACCAAUACCAACACCAACAGCUACCACAUCUGCUCUAGAUACCACAGCUCCUCAGCAACUUGGAGCAGGCAUCUCUUCGGUUGCCCCUGCCAUCCCCGACCCGGCCUGGCCUGUUCCAACACCAUUCCCCCAACCAUUUGAUUCGAGUCUCUCUUUUAACUUCUCGACCCCGGCGUGCAGUAGCUUCUUUUCCUCUUUUACAACGAACAUGACAUUCAGAGCGUGCCGCCCCUUUUCGCUCCUGCUGGGCACCUCAAAUUCCUUUUUUAAUAUCCAAUCUAACCUUACGGAGCUAACGGCCGUCAUGGGUGGUACUUGUGACACUACAAGAUCCAUCGGAGAGUGUCGUACUACCAUGAACUGGCUUGCUAGCGAGAUCGUAAAGCCGGAGGUUUGUGGGACCGAUAUCGCAAAUCAGAAUGGGAACGCACUCGAAGCAUUGAAUGGGUUCAAGACUUAUGACCUCAUGCGACAAGCAGGUUGCUUGGUUAACCAAAGGAGCAACGCAUAUUGCUUUGUCGAGUCGGUCGCUUCCAGCUCACCUGUUGAUACCUACUUCUAUGCAUUGCCGAUAGGUACACCGGUACCCCAAAAGUCUACCCCGUCAUGCAGCCCAUGUACCAAGUCCCUGAUGUCCCUUUACGCGCAAUACGCUACGGACAAAUCGCUUCCACUGUCCAAGGUCUAUUCUCCGGCCCAGAAGCUGGCUGCCAACUCAUGCGGGGCGGACUAUGCGCAAGCUAUUGCGACUAACGCAGCAACGCGAGUUCCUGUUGCUACCGUUUCCUUUUGGUUGUUCUUUGGCGUUACACUUGGCGUGCGACUUAGUUGGAACGUAUGGCCCUCGAGCCGUAUUGAAGCCACUCGCACGGUCGUUCCUAUCGCGGCUCUCUAUACACCACUCAAACACCGUGAAGAUUUGCCACCUGUUUUGUACGAGCCUGUAACAUGCAAGCCGCCUUGUCGCGCAAUCCUGAAUCCAUACUGCCAAAUCGAUGUCCGUGGUAAACUCUGGAUAUGUCCAUUCUGCUUGCAGCGCAAUGCAUUUCCUCCCCACUACAAGGACAUCUCGAAUACCAAUCUCCCAGCCGAACUCUUGCCCAAGUACACUACCAUCGAGUACACGCUUUCCCGGCCUGCCCCUGUACCACCUAUCUUUUUGUUUGUCGUUGACACAUGCUUGGACGAGGAAGAUUUAAAGGCUCUCCGCGAUGCCCUGGUGCUUAGCUUGAGCUUGUUGCCAGCGCAUGCACUUGUCGGACUUAUCACAUAUGGCACUAUGACUCAAGUGCACGAGUUGGGCUACGCUGAAUGCUCCAAGUCUUAUGUUUUCCGGGGCGGAAAGGAAUAUACUCCCAAACAGAUUCAAGAUAUGCUCAACCUCUCCUCGGCCAAUCGUGCAGCUCCACGCCCGGGCCAGCCUGUGCCCCCACAAUCAUUCGGCGCCGCCCGAUUCUUGCUGCCUAUUUCCCAAGUCGAGUUCCAACUCACAUCGAUUCUCGAGCAACUCGCGCGUGAUCCGUGGCCGGUUGCCAACGAUAAGCGACCGCUGAGGUGCACCGGUGUAGCGAUCAGCGUUGCUGUGGGACUUUUGGAGUCGACAUUCUCAAACACUGGCGCGCGCAUCAUGGUCUUUUCCGGCGGUCCGGCUACAGAAGGACCUGGGAUGGUUGUCAGCAACGAGCUUCGCGAGCCUAUUCGUUCCCAUCAUGAUAUCGAUAGGGAUAGUGUUAAGCACUUUAAGCGUGCCUCCAAGUUCUACGAAGGCCUUGCAAAGCGUGCUGCCCAAAAUGGACAUGCGAUCGACCUGUUCGCAGGGUGCCUGGAUCAGGUCGGGUUGCUGGAGAUGAAAUUGUUGGCAAAUAUGACCAACGGUGUUAUCGUCUUGUCCGACUCCUUUGCGACGUCGAUUUUCAAGCAAAGCUUUAUUCGGAUUUUCAACAAGGACGCACAAGGGCAUUUGCAGAUGGGCUUCAAUGCGACAUUUGAUGUCCAGACGACCAAAGAGCUCAAAGUCUCUGGACUUAUUGGCCAUGCUAUUUCGGCUAACAAAAAAUCAGCGUGUGUUGGCGAGACAGAGAUUGGAAUCGCUCAAACCUCUGCCUGGAAGAUUUGCACGCUUACACCUAGAACCUCGACGGCUGUUUACUUUGAAGUCGUUACUCCCGCUGGUCAACCACUUCAAGCAGGCUCGCGUGGUCUGAUUCAGUUUGUGACCCACUUCCAGCAUUCCUCGGGUCAAAUGCGUCUGCGCGUCUCGACAAUUGCACGUAACUUUGCCGAAGCAGGAUCGCCAACAAUCUCGGCAAGCUUUGACCAGGAGGCUGCAGCAGUGCUUAUGGCCCGUAUCGCGGUCUUCAAGGCGGAGAUUGACGAUAGUCCGGAUGUCCUUCGCUGGCUUGACCGCAUGCUCAUUAGGUUAUGCCAGAAGUUUGCGGACUAUCGCAAAGAAGACACGAUGAGCUUCAGACUAGCUGAUAACUUUAGCAUUUAUCCGCAAUUCAUGUUCCACCUUCGCCGUACCCGUAUUGUUGGACAGCGUCUCGAUCAAACCGACGUUAUCCUUCUCCUGGAUACAUUCUUCCACAUCCUCAUUUUCCAUGGAGAAACCGUUGCUCAAUGGCGAAAGGCAGGGUAUCAAGAACAAGAUGGCUACGAAAACUUCCGGGAACUCUUGGAAGCACCUGUGGGCGAUGCCCAGGACCUUCUUGUUGAUCGAUUCCCUAUCCCACGUUAUGUUGUUUGUGACCAAGGAGGAUCUCAAGCACGUUUCUUGUUGUCCAAACUUAACCCAUCAACCACACACAUGUCACAAGGAAUGUAUGGGACAUCGAGCGGCGGUGGUGCGGGCGCAGCUAUCUUUACGGAUGAUGUGAGCCUGCAGGUGUUCAUGGAGCAUCUUAAGCGUUUGGCUGUGGGUGCAUCGACUACUUGA